AUGAGCGACACCAUGGUGGCGUCUCGUAUUCGAUCGACCGACAGUGGCGGCCGCGAAGGCCAUUUGAUGUCCCUGUUGCCCUUGUCUCGUCGCAACAGCGAGACGGGAGAACGAGCUCUGCAAGAGUUUCGAGUGUAUGUCGAACUGAGUGCGUUUUUGGCCUUUCAACACAUUCAACAUCGCACAGGUUCCGUCCUACCCGAAUUGCCGCAACUCCUGGAGAGUUGCGACUUUUCGUGGACGUAUCGACAUCACGAUACGCAGUUCUCGCCCCUGCAAGCGGCCACCGAAGUCAUGUCUUACGACGACAGUAUUUGGCAUGACGUCAAUGACUACUGGAGUCUUCCCGUGGUACAAGAAGUGGUCACGGUGGCUACAGGAGAUUCCACAGAGCAAGACAACAAUCAUCAUCACAACAACAACGACUAUUGGUCUCUGCCUCAUGCGCAACAACAACAACAACAACAACCAACUGCAGCAGAGACACCCCGGACAUCCGUUCCCCGAGAAGCCGCCACCGUACCGCCGCGAACCGCCGUCCCAUUGCGGACCAAAAUGCCGUGGGCAACCGCCCCUCCUCGUGGCAAUACGCGUUUACUAUCAGAACAACAACCACAACAACAAAAACCCUUUGCCAUUUUGGGUGCCGCUCGAUCCGUGACGAGUCAAGCCGUGGGGAUUCUCGGAAGUGCUUUUGAAUUGCCACAAAUCUCCAGUUCCUCCACGGCAUCUUCACUGGAUGCCUUGCCCUUUUUUGCACGGACCGUCCCCACCAAUGAAGGCGAUGCCCAUGCUACCAUUGUCUACCUCAAACAGCAGUUGCAUGUGAGUAACAUUGGCGUCUUGCACAGUGAAGAUAGUUGGGGACGUCGGUACGAACAGGAUUUACAGUAUUAUGGGAAACAAUACGGUGUGGAUGUCAAGAGUGUCGCCUACACAGUGGAUUCCUUGGAUUCAUCCAUGGAGCAGUUACAGGAAACCAAUUUGAGAUAUUUUGUUGGCAUUAUCAAUUCCGGGGCAUGGAAACCAGUCGUAAAGGCCGCGUAUGCAGCGGGCUUGAUGGGCAAUCCACGCAAUCAAUGGUUCAUUGGGGAUUUGGUGGCGCUGGCGGCCGAUGGAUUCGCACUCGAUCGAGAAACAGAACAAGACAUUGCACUGGCAUUGCAUGGGACGGGGGUCGUCUUUUUGCAAGUGACACCGCACACGGCAUUUGAUCAAGCACUGGCGGCGGUCGCGGACAAUGUCACGCUGCAACAAGAAUUCAUUGCCGCUCAUGAUUACUCCGACCUCUUGACCAAUUU